AUGGGAGACUUGGAAUCUGCUCCCAAUAUGCCAGAACCAACUCCUCAAUCCCCGACUUCACCCAAGUCGCGGAUUAGCAAACAUAUCAUCCUGACAACUUACCCCGGCCAAAGUGGAAUUGACCCUGUACCGUUGGAAUGGGGAGCCUCAGACGCUAAAGCUCGUGGCCCGGUCGUGGUAUCUCGCAGUGGAAAUCUAGUGAAACGUCGCAACGCCAUCGGUGCCCACGGAGGCAGCUACAGCAUUUAUAACGCACUCGCCAUUGCAGCAGGUGAUUUAGAUGCUAACUUCAAGCCGGACUUGCGGAAUAGUCAGCCUGUUUUCGAUUUCCCGUGGCAGGCUGCUUGGGCGGAUAAGACGAAGAUUGUGUCUAUGGAUCCGUAUGGUCAUGACAUUGUGAACCAGUAUAAGGAGGAGCUGCAGGCUGGAUGGGAUAUCCGACCCACGAUGGCUGUCACAAGGGCUAAUAUGAAAUUGGCGGAGAUUGCUGAUGCGGUGCGCGAUGGUCAGUUGGAGGUGGAUGGCACUAUUGUUGUUGACUCUUCAGGUGAGGUACGGGUCACUAAGGUAGCAGUUGAGCCUGUGUGGUAUUUGCCUGGUGUGGCUGAGAGAUUCGGCGUGGACGAGGGCACACUUCGUCGCCAUCUGUUCGAGCAUACAGGUGGCAGUUACCCAGAGCUCAUCACACGGCCUGACCUCAAGGUAUUCCUACCGCCGAUUGGAGGUCAAACUGUCUAUAUAUUUGGGCCACCCGAGCGAAUCUCUGAUGAGAACGUCAAACUGUCACUGCGAGUUCACGACGAGUGCAAUGGAAGUGAUGUUUUCCAGUCCGAUAUCUGCACUUGUCGACCAUACCUAGCCUUCGGUAUCCGCGAAGCAAUCCGCGAAGCACAGAAUGGUGGUAGUGGCGUGGUAAUUUACUUCCGCAAAGAGGGUCGAGCACUGGGUGAAGUCAUCAAGUAUCUAGUGUAUAACGCGCGCAAACGUGGUGGGGACACUGCGGACAAGUAUUUCACCCGGACUGAGAACAUUGCCGGCGUGCGAGAUAUGAGAUUUCAAGCCCUCAUGCCAGAUGUUCUUCAUUGGCUCGGAAUCAAGAAGAUCGACCGCAUGCUAUCCAUGUCCAAUAUGAAGCAUGAUGCUAUUGUGGACACCGGCAUCAAGAUUCUUGAACGAGUUCCCAUACCUGAGGACAUGAUCCCCGAUGAUUCUCGGGUAGAGAUUGAUGCCAAGAUCAAUGCGGGUUAUUUCACAACCGGCAAGCAGUUCACAAUGGAUGAGCUCGCACAGGUUAAAGGGCGUGGCUGGGAGAAGUGGGAAGAUAUCACCCAUUAA